ACCAUUACUUGCUCAGUGGUUUUGUCUGUCAGUGUGACGUGUUUUUCUGUAGGUAGUCGGUGCAAAAAUUGUUAUUGUUUUUAAGUUUAAACCGUGAAAAGUGAAGAACUAAAUUACUCUCUUAAUCCUUUGAGAAGGAUUUUGCUGGAGUGUUAUUUUCAUAGUUUUAAGAGGUUUUCCUUUCUAUUUGGUCAGACAAGACAGACGUUUUGCAUAAAAAUGGACGAUCACCUCCGAGACGCCACAACAUAAAAUUGAUCCUCUGACCGAUCAACGUCAAUGAGACAGCCGCUGGACCGGUAGCCGCCGCUUACCACCAGCCACAAUGCCGGCCAUUCUGACGAAGAUCCGGGAGCAGGCGUCGAGGGUCCAGCCUUCGCUGGCCGUGGGCGUGGGCGUGGGAGUGGCCUUAGCUGCCUGCGCGUUGUACGGCACGAGGGAGAAGAAGCAGCCGCCGCCGUGUCACAAUAAUAAUAAUUAUAAGGUGGCAAAGAAUGGCAAACUCCAAACAGUUACAAAUGGCGAUGCGCCGGCGCAGACUUGCGGCGGCCGCUGCGGCGCCGAGCAGUGCGCGCUAUGUCGCGGCGACGCCGACACCGACAACAAACAGAAUAUUGAAGAUGCAGACGACCCCGCGCCGACUCCAGAAGAACACGUGCCCGGCUUGAACCUGGAGUUCCUCCGGCAGCUGGUGACCCUCGCCAAGAUCAUGGUCCCAGGAGUCCGCAGCCACGAGGUGGCGCUGCUGACGGCACAUACCUUGUGUCUCUUCUCCAGAACCUUCCUGUCGAUUUACGUGGCGUCGCUGGAAGGAUCUAUUGUGAGGCACAUAGUCCAGAAGGACCUACGUCGCUUCGCAGCGCUCCUACUCCAGUGGUUCGGCAUCGCAGUACCAGCUACCUUCAUCAACUCCAUGAUCCGGUACCUCGAAGGCAGGCUAGCGCUGGCCUUCCGCACCAGGAUAGUCAACCACGCCUACGAGCUCUACUUCAAGAACCAGACUUAUUACAGAGUGGCUAACCUGGACGCCAGGAUCGAGAAUGCGGAUCAUAGGCUGACAGAAGACGUAUCAGUGUUCACACAAUCAGUGGCGCACCUGUACAGCUCGCUGACCAAGCCGUGCUUCGACCUGCUGCUUAUCGUGCUGACCCUGGCCAGCUACUCCAGCAAGAUGAAGGGCAACAUCUUCCUCGGGCCAGGCCUAGCGACGGUGGUGAUCUGCCUAACAGGGCAGGUGCUGCGCUUACUGUCACCACGCUUCGGCGCGCUGGCCAGCGAGGAGGCACGCAUGCGGGCGCAGCUGAGGCAUGCGCAUGCGAGGCUGAUUGCACACUCGGAGGAGGUCGCCUUCUAUGGCGGACACAAGGUGGAGCACGGCCAACUGCAAGCGGCGUACAAGUCGCUGGUGGCGCAGAUGACGCACGUGUUCAAGCAGAAGCUGUGGUACGUCAUGCUGGAGCAGUUCUGCAUGAAGUACGUGUGGUCCGGCGCCGGCAUGGUCAUGCUGGCGUUGCCCAUCCUCACCGGCGGCAAGGACGGCCAGAACGGAACAGAAAGCAUCAGCGCGCGCACGGAGUACAUGACGACGUCUCGCAACCUGCUCAACUCAGCCGCCGACGCCAUCGAGCGCCUCAUGUCCAGCUACAAGGAAGUGGUAACGCUAGCGGGCUACGCGACGCGCGUGUCGGACAUGUUGAAAGUGUUCGGGGAAGUAGCACGAGGACGCUGCGUGCGCGCCGUGCACGUGGCGCCCGCGCCGCACGCCGCCUUCCAGGUCACCUUCCGCGACCGCCAGCCCGUGCCAGAAGGCAAGAUAAUGUACACCAACGACUUGUCCAUCCGGCUCCGCAACGUGCCCAUCGUGACGCCGGCCUGCGACGUCGUGGCGUCGGGCGUGUCGCUGCACAUCGCGCCCGGCACGCAUCUGCUCAUCGUGGGCCCGAAUGGCUGUGGGAAGUCCAGCCUCUUCCGCAUAAUCUCCGGUCUCUGGCCAGUGUUCGGCGGCGAGCUGUCCGUGCCGAAGCCUUGUGAGUGCGCGCACUGCGCAGACGAGACCAGCCUGGACACGCACGACCAGUGCACCAGCAGGCCCAUCAUGUUCUACAUACCGCAGAGACCCUACAUGUCAGUGGGCACGCUCCUCGACCAAGUGACGUACCCGUCGCGCGUGCACGGGCCGGAGGCGGAACAACGCGCGUUGCACGUGCUCAAGCUCGUGCGACUGGACGCGUGCGCCGCGCGACACGGCGGACUGCGGGCCGAGCGCGACUGGCGCGCCACGCUGUCUGGCGGCGAGAAGCAGAGGAUGGCUAUGGCUAGGAUGUUCUAUCACAGGCCUGUAUACGCGCUAUUGGACGAAUGUACCAGCGCCGUUUCCAUGGAGACAGAGGUGGUGAUGUAUGAAGCAGCCGUGCGCGAGGGCAUCACGCUGCUGUCCAUCACGCACCGGCCCAGCGUAUGGUGAGUACCAUCAUCAUCAUC